AUGCCCAGACCACAGUCGCCGCUUUCGGAGUCGCUUCCGCCGUUGAUCUUCGGGACCGCCACUUUCAACUAUCAGUACAAUCUCGACCCUUAUGCCUUAGGUCCAACUCCGCUGGUCCAGAAAGCGCUCGCUCUGGGCGUGCGUGCUUUUGACACAUCACCAUACUAUGGUCCAGCUGAGGAAAUACUCGGGGCUGCCCUGGAUACCGAUCUAGUUCGCAAGCACUAUCCACGAGAAAGCUAUUUCAUUCUCACCAAAGUCGGCCGAAUAGCCUCGGAUGUCUUCGACUACUCGCCAGAAUGGGUGCGCAAGAGUAUUCAGCGCAGUUGUAAGCGAUUGAAAACUGCAUAUCUCGAUGCCGUGUACUGUCAUGAUUGUGAAUUCGUCUCACCUCAGGAGGUUCUUGGUGCUGUCCGCGAGCUUCGGCGUAUUCGAGAUGAAGAAGGCACUCUCAAAUACGUCGGCAUCUCGGGUUACCCCGUCCACGUCCUCUGUGAGCUUGCGGAAAUGAUUCUUCGCGAGACCGGGGAACCCCUCGACAUUGUCCAGUCAUAUGCCAAUUUCACUCUCCAAAACACACGUCUUCUCACCGAGGGAUUACAGCGACUUGUCAACGCCGGUGUAGAUGUUGUGCCGAAUGCAAGCCCUCUGGGAAUGGGCUUGCUGAGAAGGAACGGGACACCCUUGGGCGCCAUGGGUAACUGGCAUCCUGCUCCCGAUGGUCUUCGUCAAGCUUGCAUUGAUGCUGCUAAGUGGGCAGAUGCGCAGGGCGAAAAACUCGAAGUGGUCGCAGUUCGUUUCGCUCUCGAAAAUUGGCUCCGUGAAGGUGCCAAAGCUGGAGCUUUAGGAAACCCUCUCGGCAGCUCCGAAGCCACUUAUGGCCACAUCCUCGAUCUUCCCAGCGAAAAGCUCGGGGUAUCUGUGAUGGGCGUCAGCAAGGUUGAGGAGCUUGACGAGACAAUGCGAGUCUGGAGAAGUGUUCUCGACGGGCUUGCAGACGACCCUGACGCUGAACCGGGCACCAUUACCCCUUCAGAUGCAGUCACUGACCAUGAGUGGUCUCUCUGGCGGCGACAGAAUAUUCGUGUCCUCGCAAAGGGAAUACGCACGGUAAUUGGUCAGCAAUGGGUAGACUUCACAUGGCCCUCCCCAGAUCCUGGCUUCGUGAAUUCACUGCGCAUGGCGGACGCUCACGUGUCUCAGCCACCGGCCCCGUACGAGAAUUCACCAGAAGUGUUGAUGCCCACACCGCCCUCAGAAGCAGCGGAUGAUGGAAGUGACAUUCCUAAGAUGUCCUGUGAAGCAUGA